CUGGCAGCUGGCAUAAACAAAACGUUUCACGCUAUAUCCGUUUUAUAGCAGACCGGGCACUCGGCGCCCACACAGCCGGAAUUACCUUGUUCUACAUAAUUGUCUUGCCUUUGCGCGCCCUUGCCUUUGUAAAUCAGCAAAAAUGAGUAUGUUACAGAAGAUCAAGGAUAUUGAAGAUGAGAUGGCAAGGACGCAAAAGAACAAGGCUACCAUGGGGCACCUGGGGGCGCUCAAGGCAAAGCUGGCGAAGCUGCGGCGAGAGCUGCUUGAGCCCAGCACUGGCGCGAAAGGCGGACCCGGUGGAGAAGGUUUCGAUGUGACGAAGGUGGGCGACGCCCGCGUGGGCUUCGUGGGCUUUCCGUCCGUGGGCAAGUCCACACUGCUGACCAAGCUGACUGGCACCUUCUCCGAGGCCGCCAACUACGAGUUCACGACGCUGACGUGUAUUCCGGGCAUCGUGCGGUACCGCGGCGCCAAGAUCCAGAUGUUGGAUCUGCCGGGUAUUAUUGAGGGCGCCAAGGACGGCAAGGGUCGCGGUCGGCAGGUCAUCUCCACAGCGCGCACGUGCAACCUGAUCCUCAUUGUGCUGGACUGCCUCAAGCCGCUCACGCAUAAGCGGCUCAUCGAGCACGAGCUCGAGGGCUUCGGCAUCCGCCUCAACAAGAAGCCGCCGAACAUCACUUUCCGGAAGAAGGACCGCGGUGGCAUUAACUUCACCACCACAGUGGCAAACCCCAAGAUGGACCUGGACGCGGUGAAGGCCGUGUGCUCGGAAUACCGCAUUCACAACGCCGACAUCCACAUGACGGACGACCACGACCUGGACGACCUGGUGGACGUGAUCGAGGGCAGCCGCGUGUACGUGCCCGCCAUCUACGUCAUCAACAAGAUCGACCAGAUCACGAUCGAGGAGCUAGAAGUCAUGGACAAGCUGCCGCACUACUGCCCCAUCUGCGCCUUCCACGAGUGGAACCUGGACGGGCUGGUGGAGAUGGCGUGGGAGUACCUGGACCUGGUGCGCGUGUACACCAAGCCCAAAGGCAAGCUGCCCGACUUCAAUGAGCCGGUGGUGCUGCACCGGCAGCGCUGCACCGUGGAGGACUUUUGCAACCGCAUCCACAAGACCCUCAUCAAGCAGUUCAAGUACGCGCUGGUGUGGGGCUCCUCCGUAAAGCACCGCCCGCAGCGCGUGGGCCGCGACCACGUGCUGCACGACGAGGACAUCGUGCAGAUUGUGAAGCGCAUCUAAUGCAGCCAGCAGGAUGCAUGGGGUGGGUGGGAGGGGUGGGGGCAGCAACAGAUAAGGCGUGGUGGACUAGGCUAGGUGAUUUCAGAGGCGUCGGGCUGCAGCACUGCGGUGUGACUAGAUCGGCAGGUGUUGUCCUGUUACCCCAAGCAGCCCUGGUCCGGCGGCGGCGGGCGGCAGCGGCGUCGCUGGGCGCCUGAGCCGAGUAGUGGCAGCGGCUGCAGCCCGGGUCCCAGCUGCGACAUGCAUAUACAGAGUGGAGGAAGUAGAUCCGGCCACGUGGAGGAAGCGGCGCCGGCUCGCAGGUGGUGACCAGCCGGUGUUUAUCGGUUCCCCUUUGAUAGCGGUUCCCCUUCGGUCCCGGCGUAUGGUCCGUGCGGGCCAGGGGCCCAGGGCAGGGGACGCCCUAUAAUUGUCGCAAGCAUAGGUGUGUUAGGACGGUUAUGAGUACCGUACACUGGUUGAUCCCGUGAAGACCUUCAUCGCCCAUAUGGAACGGGCACGUGUGGUGCAAUAACUCAGCCUGUCAUUGUAAUGUUAUCAUCAUCAGUGCCAACUUCUGGUCAGGCUUCUGACCAGCAGCUGGCACGGCAUGACGAUCUCGGUUGGAGGGGCCAGGCAGUGGAACCCAGGGUUGCGUCGUUCGUAGUACGCGUACUAUGUACUACGUACUGUACUACGUAUUGUACGCUGCCCUCGUCAGCUAGUACGUUUGGAACAUACGUUGUGCUGGGGAAACCAGGGGGGGCCGUGGCAGCGCCAUGGCGGGCGAGGGGCGCGAGGGGUGCUGGAAGUCGAAGUUCUCGAAUUGACUGCUCUCCGCACUGCAGGUGUGGUUUCUUGUAACAUUGUGAGUUU